AUGACCAGAACCGCCGGGCGCCCCAGCACGUCUUGCAACGUUUGUAAAAGACAAAAGAUUCGCUGCUCAGGCGAUAGGCCAAGCUGCACCAGAUGCGUCAGACUGAAGAGUCCAUGCCAUUACAACAAGGGCGGAGUCAACAGAGUCCGAAAGCAAAAGGAAUAUCCCGACGUCUUCAUAGGAAACACAGCUUCUUCUCGUUCUUCGCUGACUCCCAUCGUCGCUGCUCCACACCGUUCUAUCGAGGAUACCUUAGAUAAUAUCCCCUCAACACUACUCACCACUCUGGUUAACCUCUACUUCACCAACGUCUACCAAUCAACCCUUCUCUUCCAUAAACCUACCUUUCUCCAAUCCCUUUCCAGCGGAACUGUACGACAACACGUUCUUCUCAGCAUCUGUGCCUGGGGAGCAAACUUUUAUCGAGAUGAGCAAGGUAAAGCUACACUUAAAGAUCAAGGCUUCAUGAUAAAAUGGGCCAAGAAGGCAGGCAGCCUCGUUUUCCAAGACGCGGAAGAUCUAAAUGAAGAUAACAUCGUUACGCAUUGCAAUCUUUCUCUCUUCUGGCAUAGUCAGGGAUCUUGGAGGAUAAGUUAUCUCCACAAAGGAAACGCGUGUCAACUCCUCCACAUUAUUGGCGCGGGCCAAAGUGCCCCUACUCUUGAGUCUCAAUUACGCAGAAGACGGUUCUGGGAGUGUUACUUGAUGCAUUGCUUUAGUUCUGAGAAGCUCUUUCGAUUCGAAGUCAUUGCUGAUGUUGAGAGCUUACCGUUGCCAUGGCCUGAAGAUAGUUUUGAAGCUGCUAUACCUCCGGAUGGGGUGGCGACUAUUGGUGAUGGAGCUGAUACGGGAAGUGUGUUUGCUGAGUUGAUACGUGGCUUACAUCUUUGGUGCUCGGUUGUUUCUGUCGUCAGGUGGAAAGACACCGACCUCAGUACCCGUAUCCAGCAGAUCUUCAAAACCGAGAGCGAGAUAACAACAUGGUGGCAACGAGUCCCUGAUAACUUCAGGCUUGACGCUUCUACCGCCCUCACUACAGAUCAAAACAGUCUGCCCAUAAUUCUAUUGACCAAUCUCAUAUACCAUCAAUCACUCUGCGUCCUCCAUUCUUCCAUCGUCCCACUCUUUUGCUGGUCAAAGGGCGAUAAUGCCUACUCAUCAGCACGGCACCUCUCGGCCCAGAUAGCAUACGAACACGCUUGUACAAUCUCAAGUCUCGUCAGAGCUGUUUCAAACAGUGGCUGUCCGUUUAGUAGUAUGCCAAUAUUUGUCGCAUAUGCAGCAUAUUCCAGCUGCGCUGUCCAAAUACCUUUUCUUUGGUGUUCUCAACCUGGGGUCAAAGCUCAAGCUCAACUCAAUGUUCAGGCAAACAUGAACAUGAUACAAGAGAUGUCUUCAUAUUGGAAGUUGGCUUCUCUCCUACAAGUCUAUGCGCGAUGCAUUCACGAUGUGCAUAAACGCAACCCACCAACCAUCUCCAAUGAACCUAAACACGCGGAUAUUUCUGCUUUCGUGAAGUUCGGAGUUGAUGCAGAUCUCGCCAAAGCGUCUAUUCUUGAGUUUACGGGGAUUUUGAGAGCUGACAAUGGAGGUUAUGUAAAGCCUGGGGAAGAGAGUCACGACCUGACCAUUAACUCAACAACUGAUCAACCGACUAUCGGAAGCGACCGAGGUCCGAUUGAGUCAUCUCAGGAUGUUGGGCCAUCUAUUCUAUCAGAGCAGGCUCAAGUUGACUCUCAAACAUAUUUGCUUGAGCCCAGUGGCAAUGAAUGGCCGACAUUUGACGUGUUCAACUCGUUGUUCGAUGCUGAUAUAACAGCUCUGUUACCUUUGGACGAUACUCUCGAUCUUUCAGCUUUUGACUUUAAUUUCUCAACUUUGGAUAACUCAGACAACAUAUAA